CGACUUAACACCCAACUAGACGUCAGCCAUGACAGUUGGUGUUCCAUUGUAACGUUCCGUUUUAAAGUGCGUGUUUUUUCCAGUUUUCGUAACACAACGGUGCGAUUUUUGUUUGAAAAUCGCCGAAAAUGGGUAGGAAGAAAAAGAAGCAAUCGAAACCGUGGUGUUGGUAUUGUAAUAGGGAGUUUGAGGACGAAAAGAUACUGAUCCAACACCAAAAAGCCAAACAUUUCAAAUGUCACAUUUGCCAUAAAAAAUUGUACACCGGACCUGGUCUCUCUAUACAUUGCAUGCAAGUUCACAAGGAAGCCAUAGAUAAAGUUCCGAAUUCACUGCCCAAUAGAUCUAACAUCGAAAUUGAAAUCUAUGGAAUGGAAGGAAUUCCACCAAAUGAUCUGAAAGAACAUGAACGCCACAAAGGCGGGAGUAGAUUAGAUUCUGAUGAUGAUGAUGAUGAACCUGCAACAAAGAAAUCGAAACCUGAAGGUUUACUCGGUACUGCCCCUGGUGUUCCUGUUCAGGGAAUGGUUCCGGGGAUGAUGCCACCACCUAUGGGGAUGCCUCCGGGAAUUCCUAUGGGUCACAUGAUGCCUAUGGGACAUAUGCACCCACCCUUUAUGCAUCAUAGAUAUAAAUUUAGUAUGCCUAUGAUGCCUCCACCUAUGAUGAUGCAGGCGCAAGGAGGUCCAGCAAAGCCACUAUUUCCAAGUGCUAUUCCAACAUCAUCUCCUGGAGCACCUAUCGUCGGUGCCGACUUUAAACCUAUAUCAUCUGGUGCGACAAUCAGUGCCCCACCUACCACGAACAAUCCUAGUAUAAACGGUAGUGACGGUUCAAAAGUGCCCACAAUAGCAACAACAGGGGCUACUAGUAAAAUAAUUCAUCCCGCGGAAGAUAUUUCGUUGGAAGAGAUUAAAGCGCGACAACCCAAAUAUGCAAGGUGUAUGCCUAGUAAAUCGUCCGAGGGUAGUAAUACACCUACAAGUUCGUCCAGUGAGUUUUCUUUUAUGUCUUAUCAGGCGGCUGCUGCCGUAUCAGCAGCACAAGCGGUUCGUCAACACCAAGAGGUGUUAAAUCACCAAGCGGCGUUGAUGCAGCGGUUUCCAAUGAGAGCGACCGGCCCCCCGAUUAGUAUGGCCGGAAUUCAAGGAGUCCCGGUCUCCUCGAUGUCGCUCGUUACGCAGAUGAGGCCCGGCAUGUUACCGGGUCCCCCAUUACUUGGGGGCCACAUCAUGAGGCCACCUCCGCUUGGCGUACCACCAGGUAUGAUCGGCAUGCCGCCUGGCGUAAUAUACGGGGCCCCCAUGUUCCCCGCUGGACCUGUGAUUGCCCCAGUCAUGCAGCCACGGUUUAGAUGAUUGCCGAUGUAUCUACUCUACAACGCGCAAGUCUAAUUCUGUUUUUUUUUCUAUUAUUAUAAAAAAAACAACUUAGUUAAAAAAAUGAAAAAAAAAUGAAAGAAAAUUCUAUGCCGGUUAAUUUUUCCGAUGCUUGCACACUCGAACAAAAUAAUAAUUUUUCUGUUCGUUUUUACGUUAGUUUAAAGUUUUACGCCCGGCAAAUUUUUUUUAGUGCAAUUAGUUUGUUAAAUUAUUAACGUUUAUUUGAAAUUUUGGUGUGGGUUAAAUAUGGGACGCGAUUUAACCUUUUGACAUGAAUACAUUUUUGACUCAAAAUCCUUUAAAAUCAAUCAAUUGAAUUAAAAACAUUUAAAUUUAUUUUAAAGGGUUUUUCGUCUCAACAUGAUACUCAUAUAUCAAAAACGAACUGUUAAAGGGUUAAUUUCAAGUUUAAUUGUUUAUCAUUUAGUUCUUUGAAUUCAUUUCUUACAAUUAAUUUCAUUUCGAUCGAUUUCGUUUUAUCACAUCUGAUACUGGCUUUUAUUUUUGACAGGUUAUUUAAAAAAAUCCUACCAAACGCCGGUAUGUAAAGUUAUUAUUAUUAUUUGUUUUUAUUUACCGAAGUUGGUAUAAUUGUAUAUCGGAAUAAGGUCAGUGGUUUCUUAUUAUUUUAUUUUUUAUUUAUUUUUUUCGUGUUUCCAAUCCUACUUGAGGAAAGGUUUGUACAACAUUUAUUAUUAUUUUUUUUUCGGUUUUUUUGAACUCAAGGUAUUGUAAAUAAAAACGUCUUUGGGGAAAAAAUAAUCCGAAAUGAUGUUUCUAAAGUAAUUGUAAUAAAAUUCUAGUUCUUUUUUGUACCAUGUCUGUGAUAUUUUAUGUUGUCGGGGUUGUUACAUUAUCAUUGAAACCGUCAAAGAUAGAACUUUACAGAUGGUAUUAAUUUACUUCUUUAGUUCAGACUAAAUACGUAAUGUGAUUCUACUUUAUUAUUUAAACUUUAAAUAAAACGUCAUACCAAGUUACCAUACCGGUUUCGAGGUGAUCCUCAUCAUCAGGAGAAAAGAUAGAUUCUGUUUUUAAUUUUUUUUAUAUAAAAAGCCAAACAAAACACUAAUUAGUAUUUGAAAUCUUGACGACUACUGCCGUGGUCCAAAGUAAUGUGGCACAAAUAACCUGAAGCCAUACAAUCCAUAAUCUGUAUGAAUCUGAGCAACACAAUUUUUGUUACUAAAAUCAGUUAUAACUUAGAAACCAUAAUUGAUGCAACAAAAGGAUAUACAUAAACAAUGUUAAUAAUGAUCGAUAAAGACAUAAUCCAUAACCUCCAUAAACCUAAGCCUUAUUACUGUCUAGGUAUAAGGCAAAACACUCCAAAAUCGUGAUGUAGGUAAUUUUUGCUAUUAAAAUCGGUUAUAACUUUGAAACUAUAAUCGAUCCAUCAAACCAAUAUGCAUAAAAAAUGUUAAUUAUGAUUGAAAAAGAUAUAGUCCAUAACGUACAUAAGAUUAAACAUUACUAUUUUCUAUGUAUAAGGCACAAAUGACCUGAAUCAUGGAUAUAGGUAAUUUAUGUUGCUAAAACCGAUUAUAACUCAAGAUUUGAAGAGAUAAUAAGAAAAUGAUAUGUACAAAAAAUCUUAAUAAUGAUCAAAAAAGACAUUAUCCAUAAUCUAUAUAAACCUAAGCAACACGAUUUUUUAGGUAUAAGUCAAAAAUCUCCUAAA